CCGAGGGCGGGCAGUGUCACUGGAGCGGACGAGUACAGCCGUUGAAGAUUGCAUUCCCGUAUGCUUAGCGUUGUCAAGCGUUGUAGCUGCCGCAGACUGUUGAAAUCUAGGUACUGCAACGGGUUGUUGUCUAGCAAAUGAUGGGGGAAAAAACGAUCAAAAAGCUUGCACCCAGCCACUGAAUGGCACAUUCCGUGUGCAAAACGUUUGCGUUCACAGCAAUGGGACGCUAUUCCUCCGUGCUGUUGCUGACACUGGCAGUAAUUGGCUUACCAUGCCUUCCCGUAUCGCUCGCCGUUGCCACCUGUACACCGGGCAUGGCGAUGACCUGUAUGCUGCCAAAGCUCAACAUGCUAACCGACGGCUACACGACCCUUCGCAACAUUCCACCCGACACGUACUACAGUGUGCGGGUUGAGAUGCUGCACCUACCGAUCAGUCCCUCCGGCGCCUUCCUAACCCGCAUGUCCGAGUUCUUCAGCAAGCUGGAGCUAUACGUAUACCACGAUCCGGUGUUUCAAAUCGCACCCGGAACGUACCUCUCCAGCAUUCACGUGCUGGAAGCUCCAUCCAUGAAGCAGCUGCUUGUCGGUGCCGGUGAUAACAACGUUACCGAGCUCAUUAUCUACACCUGCGGACUGGAGCGCAUCCCUCAGACGAUUGGCAAUUUGGCCCUGCUGGAAGACCUUACCUUCUCGGAGUGUGCACUGCGUAACUUUUCGCUGGGUGCGUUCGGCCAGAACCGGCACUUGCGGGUACUCGAUCUGAGCCGCAAUCAAAUCGAGACGAUCAUACCCACGACCCGCGAAAUGCCACAAGCGAUCGAAUAUCUGUACCUAUCCUCGAAUCGGCUAGAAAACCUCGACAUGUCCGCAUUUAUCGGGCUGCCCAGCCUAUCGAUGAUUGAUCUGAGGAACAACAACCUCGCGAAGAUAGCGUCCGAGCAAACGGUCACCUGGUCCACGAUGGAGAUGCUGGACGUGAGCUACAACCGUUUGCGCACGAUCGAUCUGCAGUGGCUGUCGGCACCGAACCUGAAGCGGCUCAUCUUGAGCAACAAUCUGUUCGAGAAGCUACCGGAGCGGUUACGGCGCUUCCCCAACCUGCAGCUGCUCGGCAUGGGCGAUAACAGGCUGGCGGGCGUGAUCGAUCUUGCCCCGCUGAACGGGCUGCCCGAGCUGAACUCGGUCGAUCUGUCCAACAACCCGACGGCGAAGGUCCUGCGCAGCUCACGCCCUAUCCGUCUGCCCGUGCUGGACUCGUUGUACGCGGAGUACUGUUCGCUGAAUCGGUUCAACACGUCCGGCAUUGAUCUGCCGGUGGUUAGCUUCAUCAGUUUGGCGCACAACAACUUCAGUGCGGUGGCGCCGUUGGGACAAGCAUUCCCCUCCAUUCAGUCGUUCAGCUUCUACGACAAUCCGAUACCGUGCAGUGUGUUGAAGGCUCGCGCGGAGCUGAUACUGUCGGGAAAGUUGAUCAUGGGUAUACCACCCCUGUCGGUGAGCGAGUGUACGAGUGGUUCGAUCCAGAUCUCCCCGUCGCUGCUGCUGUGCUGUAAAGCUUAACUGCUUCAGUGGUAAUAAAAAAGACUUCCCCAAAAAGGGAUUGUUAUCGUCGG